UCUGGGGUCAGAUGGGGUAUUACAACAUCAUACGGUCAGUCACUAUGUCAACUCUGAGACCGGUGUAGUUUUACAAGUUUUUUUGUGUUCAUUUAACUUAUUCCAUCAUAAUGAUGCGGUCCAUUUUGUUCAUGGCGAUUUUAAUGUCAAUAGCAGCUGCUUAUUAUAUUUAUCUGCCUCUGCCCAGCACUAUAUCAGAGCCAUGGAAACUCAUGUUUAUGGAUGCAAUAUUGCGUGGUGUAAUGCAUGUGAGCUUUUUUGCUCACGAUCUUGGACUGAGUCGACCUUUCGAUGUUGCAAGGUACGCUGCGUCAUGGGACGUAAUACAGGGUCCACAGUCCAUCCCAGCCGUCCGGGUCACAGAUACUUAUUUUGCAGGGGUUGAAGCACAAGUGUUUGUGCCCACUGCAUCAGAUCAGGAGCUGCAUUUGAAAAGAGGUGUGGUCUAUUUCCAUGGAGGUGGAUGGACGCUUGGCAGUGGAAAGAUGCAAACGUAUUUCCUUCAGUGCAGGACUAUGGCUGAACAGUUGGAUGCAGUUGUAAUAUCAAUUGAGUACAGGCUGGCUCCAGAUGCACGUUUCCCAGAUCAGUAUAAUGAAGCCAUUCGGGCCUCAAAACACAUCCUGACAGCCGAGGUGUUGGGUCGGUACAACAUAGACACAAAAAGAGUGGCUGUGUCAGGUGACAGCGCCGGGGCCAACCUAGCCGCUGCUGUGGUGCAAGAGAUGGCUUUGGACAGUAGCAUUCCUAUUAAGUUCAAAGUUCAGGCCCUUCUCUACCCCGUGCUUCAGGCCCUGGACUUCAACACACCCUCGUACCAGCAGAACGGCAACAUUCCCAUCCUUCACCGUCCACUCAUGGCCCGCUUUUGGUUGGAGUACCUACACGGGGAUCCAAAACACGUUACAUCUUUGCUGGCAAACAACCACACGGCUCUGAAUCAGAACCAGGAGAUGGCAGCGGCCAGAGCUAAGAUCAACUGGACCAAGCUUCUUCCGGUGGCCUUUCAGAAGAACUACAAACCAGUGGUUCCGCUUCACGGCGACCCAAAGCUGGCGGAGAAGCUGCCAGGCUUGCUGGAUGUGAGAGCGGCACCUUUACUAGCUGAAACAGAUGUGCUGAAGGCCGUGCCGCCGGCCUACAUCAUGACAUGUGAGCACGACAUCCUGAGAGAUGACGGACUCAUGUACGCCACACGACUGGAAGAGGCUGGAGUCCAUGUCACCGUUGAUCACUAUGAAGAUGGUUUUCAUGGAUGCCUUAGUUUCGCUUUCGGGCCCUUUCGAUUCUCUGUGGGGUUUCGAAGUUUUAGGAACUACAUCCGUUGGUUGAAGGAGAACCUCUAGCAGAGCUAAAGUUGUUAUAUUAAAUAUAUUUAGAUUUUAAACCUUCUCAAAUGGUUUUUAGAUUUAUAAUGGCAAGCAACAUGUCAAUGCAACUGAUUAUUUGUGAAGAAUUGAAUGGAAUAAAAGCGCAGUGUUCAGGCCCAAAGCUACUGAAAUAAUGUUUCAAAAACAGUAUUCUAUUGUUUCAGUAGCAGCGGGCUUAAGCUACAGUAAUUUGUAUUAUAUGGAUAAUGCCACAUAAUGCAAGAUGAUCCUGAUUAUAUAAAUAUUAUAAAUAAUUCUGCAGAGUGUGACAAAAAAAGACCAUUUCUAUUUAAAAAUAUAUAUUAAAUUUUAUAUAUAUAAAUUUAA